GGUUACACUUUGUCUAAAACGGCGAAUUAUAAGAAUCUUGUUUCUUUUCUUUAUAUGCAAURCAAUACCAUUUUCAAUAACAACAUGGRAAUGGGGAGGGCUAGAGGAAAAACUUAGCARUUUAGCAGUAAAACGGGUUUCUUUAUAAACGUGGUAUCAUUUUAGUUAUAUAUAUCGCUUCUUUACACAGAAUGUUCUUCUGGGAACUACUUAACAUCUAACAUCUGUUCCUACAAUGGCUUGCAACGAUUCCUCUCCAGACACCAAUUACAAAGAAGACAUCUUUUACGCAAUGGCCUACGUCAUAUCGUCUUUACUCAUAUUCACGAGCAACCUGCUCACCGUUCUGACGUUUACGCUCAACAGAUCUCUACGUAAACGCGCGGUUUACUGCGUAAUUCAUCUAGCUGUAGUGGAUAUGUUGUCGGGUGUGGGGUUGGCUAUGUCCGCAUGCCUAGUUCUUGGUAUACAUGGGGUAAACGGUCUGGUGAAYAGGAGUAUCUUCACGUGUUUAAGUCCUCUGAUUAUAAUCCAAUCGAUAAUCCAUGUUAUUUUUAUCAAUAUGACGAUAUGUUCACUAGCUCUUGUGGCUGUAGAGCGAAUGGUUGCUAUUGUAUGGCCCGUGUAUCACAGAAGCUCAAGUUCGUACCUGAUCCCUUCAUUUGUUAUCAUAACGUGGAUUAUCAUCGCAACUAAUAGUAUUUUCUGUGCUCUAUGUUUCACGGUUAUUAACAAUGGCUUUGUCUUCUAUUCAUACUUCGCGACUAUAGCCAUUUGUGGAAUAUUGAUCAUAAUUGCGYUGUGCUACAUAUCUAUACUUGUCAAAGCCAAGACACAAACUGUAGCUACUGUCAAUAGAACAUCGCGAARAGACAACGGCCUGGCACUAACUCUGUUUAUAGUGACCGUGGCGUCACUAGCAGCCUGGUUACCACUAGGAUUGUUGUACGUUCUAAGGGUGUUUACCGAUGUGCAUGUGUCUCCUAUUGUCCAUCUCAAUUUAGUGGCUUUUGGCGAAUCUAAUUCUUUCAUUAACCCUAUAAUCUAUGUCUAUCGUAUGAGGGACUUUAGGAGGGCUCUUUACGUACUUCUCUGUAGAUGUUCCCUGUACAGACAAAGGGCAGUACWRCCAGUAGCCAAUUAAAAUCACAAUUGGGAGGGRCAGCAGGCGCGUAGCGUGGACGUUUUGCCUAGUACGCACAUAUCAGGGACCACAACACAUAUUUUGGAUCUGGRGGUCUAACGACAGCCAAA